GAAAAUAAAUAUUUGUUAAACCAAUCAAUGCGUGGAUAAUCUAGAUGACUUUCAAGAGAUGGGCCCUUCUUCCCAUCCCUUCUUUCUUUCUAUCGUCUUUAGACAAACAAUUGUCAUUGCUAUAUAUUUUCAAAUGCCAUUUCCUUUAGUUCAUUGAUUUUGAAAUGAUUUCUGUCUUAAGUUACAGUCAACUAAGCUAUCUUGCCACAGAAAUUACAAAGACAAAAAGUGGAAUUUUAAAAUAAGAUCUUAAGUUCUUUUGCAAAUUUUAAGAAGUAUUAAUCUUUCAAUUUACUUUUUGUUUCAUUUAAUCUGUGCUUCAGUUCUAAUAAUGGAUUGUCAAUGUGAAGGGCUAGAAUUUAGAACAGUGCCUGGCCUUAAUAGGAGGUCAGUGACCCAAAUUAAAUUAUUCUUAAAAUUUAAUUUAAUAACUUUCCCUCACAUGUCUCUGGAUACAGAGUCCCCUUUUAGGCAAAGCUCAGAAAAUUUCUAUUUAGGGAUAUUUCCAAAGCGAAAAGAUGUGUGAAGAUGUUCAGGGCUAGCAGUAUCUUGUAUAUGGCUCUGGGGAAUCUCGCCAAGAUACCCUAUGAUCUUCCUCCACCGGGAACUUCCCUACUAAGUCGCAAGAGUAAAACGGUCCAGACUUACUCUAGUUUAAGUUUCCCAGAAUCCAAAAACCCGGAAAACCGCUAUGAGAUUGACAUUCGCGUUGACCAAUAGCACUGUGAAGAGGCGUACCAUCUCACGGCUCCUCCUAUCCACACUCAGCGAGUCGCCGUCUCCAAGUCGAAAGCGGAAGUUGGUCUCGGCGAGCCCCAUGGAACUGCUCCUGCAGCACCUGGAGCGCUUUUCUGAGGUUCUGGCGGUCUCGCGCACUACCCAUGUCAGCACCUGGGACCCUGUCACCGUGCGCAGGGCCCUGCAGUGGGCUCGCUACCUGCGCCACGUCCACCGGCGCUUUGUUCUCCAUGGCCGCGUCCGCACCGCUCUGCAGCGGCGGCUGUGCGACCAAUGGAAGCAGGAGGGUGGCUGUGGGCCGGGUCCAGUCCCGGGGUUGACGAACUUCCAGGCCCUCGAACACUGUGACAUCCUGCUGUUUCUGCGCCUGCUGGAGAACCGAGACCUCGGAGACGCCGCUCGUCACCACCUGCUGCAGCAGCUACUUCCGGGCUCGGGCGUCCCGGACGCUGAGACGUUCCAAGACCGCCUGGCCUGCCUCGCCCGCCGCCGGUCAGCCGUGCACAUGCUGCGCUUCUAUGGCUAUAAAGAGAACCCGAAUCUUCCCGAGGACUCUCUAAUGAAGACCCAGGCGGAGCUGCUGCUGGAGCGUCUGCAGGAGGUGGGGUUGUCCGAAGCGGAGGGGCCCAGCAGGCUUCUCAACAGCUUGUGGGAGCGCUUGCCCCAGAACAACUUCCUGAAGGUGAUAGCGGCGGCGCUGUUGCAGCCCCCUGGGCCUCCGCGGCCCGGAGAAGAAGUGUGGGAGCAGGGCAGCCCCAAAACACCUGGAGAGGGGAGUCAAGAGCUAGUCCGCUGGCUUCUGGGGAAAUCGGAAAUCAUGGCUGUCUUUUGCCGUCACCUCCCAGCUGGCGUCUUAACUUUGGUGGCAAGCCGUCACCCAACGCUCUCUCGUGUCUAUCUGGGUCUGCUCACAGACUGGGGUCGACAUCUGCACUAUGACCUUCAAAAAGGCAUUUGGGUUGGAGCUGAAUCCCAAGAUGCGCCCUGGGAGGAGCUGUAUGAUAGGUUUCAAAGCCUCUGUCAGGCCCCUCCACCUCUGAAAGAUGAAGUUCUAACUGUCCUAAAAUCUUGUAAGGCUCAGGAUGGAGAUUUCGAAGUCGCUGGUCUUAGCAUCUGGACAGACCUGUUGUUAGCCCUUCAAAGUGGUGCGUGAUACUGCAUUUAGGAAAAGACAAGUUUUAGGUCUCAGUCCAGGCCCCAGUUCUCAAUGGGCAGCGCUCUUAUUAAGUACCUGAAUAGUUUACAAAAUGAAAAUUUUGUAUUUCUCCCCAAGUCUUGUGUGCCAUCAUGUGUCGCAAGUAUUAUUGUUUUAGAUGCUAAUUUUGAGUGAUUUGUUAUAUAAUAAUAAAUAUGCAAAGUACUUGGUUUGUAGUACCAUAGAUUUUCUGGCAGAGGAGGUGACAUAUUGAAAGUUCUAUUUUAAAGCCGUGCCAUUAGCAUUAGUUCGCUUUUGAAAGGCCUCUAAGUAUGAUGAAAACAUCUGCUUUUCAAAGAAAAGAUACCCUUUUUCUAACAGUAUGAUUUAUUUUUUUAAGUCCCCUCCCCCCCCCCCCCAUAAGUGAAGAGUUUUCUUGGACCAGCACUAUGUGAUGGUGUCAGAAAUGUUGGUUUGGAAAGCUGGUCUAUUUGGAGUUUAAACCCUGGACUUUGGCCUUGUUAACCUAGUAUUGUCACCAGUUAACCAGCCUCAACAUGCAUUGAACUUGUGUUAUUCUGAAAGUUUGUUCCUCAUUUCUGCAGAUUCUUAUUAUAUCAAAGUAAAAGACUACAUAAUAUUGACUCACACGACAAAAUAUUUAAAACAUGAUAAAUCCAGAUAUAUACCAUGUCUGUCUUUGGAUAUCAAUUUAGCAUUCGAUGGUAAAAAAAGAAAAUCACAUUUCUGAAUUAGAAGAUGCAGGUUUUAGUGUUGCUUCUUUCCUUAACUAGGUUAAUAAAUCACAAUCACUUAGUGUUACAUUUGCCUUAUGUUAAGUGUUUAAACUAAAAUACUUAAAUUUACUUAUUUUUCCCUUGGUGGCUGCCCUAUGGAGACAGUUUAUAGUAUUUGUGUGUAACAGCCUAACUUUGUUAGUUUACCCAGUUGCUCCACAACUGGUAAAGUGAUUCCCAGUAACCAAAAUUAAGAGUGAAUUAUUCAUUUUUAUUAGGGAGAUAAAAUUUCCCCGUGAUAGGAUGUUUUUGUUUACAUUCAGGUUACAUUCAAGAUUUUUAUGGAAGACAUAUUUUUGAUUAUCAAAAAGUUCCUUUCUAAUUCCAGAAUGGAAUUCGAGCAAAAAAAUGUGUAAUCUUGUAUAAUAUUUCAUUCUGUAGUAGAACUUAGAGGUAAACUAUUAUUACACCAAUAAAUACACCUUUCCAGAUAAUCUUGAGUGAACACUGUAAAACUCUCAUUUCUGUGGUCUGAUUCCUUUUUCUAGUUUUAAUCCAUGUAUACCAUCUUUUAGAUUCCAUUUGUUAUUAAUGCAAGAAUAAAGUCAAUUCCUUCUUACAUGUUACAUGACAGUCCCUUUUUAAGAAACGAUCUAAUAAAGAAUUCUACCAUGGCAAGUCUUAAUAUUAGUUUUAGUUUUAGAAAAUAACAGUUUGUGAACUUUUUCUCUAUACUUAUAUCUCACACUAUGAUUUCAAAAAUAAUCAUAUAUAGACUUUUUAAAAUACAUUUUUAUACUUACCAUUUACUAACCUCAUAUUUAAGGUCCAUGAUACAUUUAUUACAUACAUAAUCUUCAUAUUGAUACAGUAUUCUUAGGAACACAAACUAAAUAAGUAAAAUGCCCAGAGGUACACACAAAAGCAACAUGAGAGUAAAGUAAAAGCUUUAUUAUUAUUUUGGCAACUGCUUAAGUGUCUGGCGUGUGGUAGGUUCUAAUGUUUGAAUAAAUGAAACGAUUAAUAGCAUUAGAGUCUUACCCUGUAUGCUUUCUCUUAUUUUGCACACUGCUAAGGACUUGAAAAGAUGCUAUUGAAUAUGGUAAUCUUAUUAUAUCACUAGGAAUCUAUAUAUAGGAUGGGAGAGAAAAAUGUGAGAGAAAGACUAUACGUAGGAAAAUACUUGAUAAAAUCUAGAAAUGUUUAUUUUGUGGGUUUUUUUUUUUCCUUAUCAUAUUAAAUGAGGCUUCAGUAUUGAAAAAUCUCCCACUAUGAUUUUCAGGAAAUUUUAUCAAUUAUUAUUUUAUGCAAUUUGAGCAAUUUUAUGACACACAAAUAGAGAAUUAUAUCAUCUUAAUUGAAAUUAUUAUUUAUAGUGAAUUGCUUUUCUGCUUUAAAGUAUUUUUUUCUAUUUUCAUUAUUAAUAGUGUUGACUUUUUUUCUGUUAUCCUAAUUUGUGCUUUCUAUUUGUCUUGAUUUCUCAAUGUUUCACUUCUCCAACUUCCUCUAUUUCCCCUUCACCUAGUUGGGAUGCUAUGUUCCAUGCCUAAUCUUCUACUGUCAAAACUUUUAUCAUAUUUAACUUAAAUAUGUCUAAAAAUUAGUAUUUUUUUAUUAAGUCAUUUGUACAUAGAUCAUGCAUACAUUUAUGCCAUUAUGGGAGUCAAUGUGUUGAUUAUUUGUACAAAUUGGAGUACUUACGUCCUAUUAAUUAACAUAGCCUUCACCUCCUUUUCUAACAAUACAGUGGACCUUACUUAGGAAAGUAACUCUGAUCUCUUAUCUCCAAAAUCACAAGUUGUUAUCCAGUUUUGUAGUUUUGCUCUUUGAAGGAAAAAAAUCCACAAAUUAGAACACUAAUAAUAUUAUAUAUACACAAUUGCAUUUUUAUUUAUCUACCUUCUUAACUAUUUCCAUUUAGUUUCAUAUGAUUUCACUUCGGAUGUUGUCAGUUUAGAUACUGUUCUUUUUUUUCUUUUUUAGAAAUUUCUUUGGAGAAAGUCUCUUGCUUGUACACUUUCAGUUUUUAUCUGGACAUAUGCAAAUAUCUUACAUCUUUUCCCUGUUGAUGGAAGGUAGAUUUACUGGGUCUAUGAUUCCAGAUUAACAUGUUAAAGAUACUUUUUUUCUGGUUUCCAUUGUUGAUGUUAAGAAAGCUAUUAUCAGUCUACUUGUAGUUCUUUUUUAAGUGGUAGCUUCUUUCUGAUUUCUUUUAAGAUAGUACCUACUUCAGUAUCUGAAGUCACUAUGGUGGAUCUAAUUGUGAAUUUCUCCCCUUUUCCUGCUUAUUUUAUGUUGUGUUUCAUUAUUUGUGUAUUUGUGUUUUUGUUGCUUCUGGAAAAUUUCCAGCCAUUUUUCCCCAGUGUUCUUCUACCUUUUCGUGUGACUCUGAUCAGGCCUAUGUUAGACCUUCUCAUUCUCUUAUAACACGUAACCUCUCUUUCCUACUUUGCAUCUCCACAUCACUCUAUGCUGCUGUGGUAACUGCUCUUAUCUACCAGCAUCCAUAUCCCCCAUCUUCAUUUUAGUAAUAAUAUCCUACUCCCAGGUUUUAGUAGGAAAUAGCCACUCAUUACAUUUCCUAAUUUCUCCUGCAGUUAGGUAUGGCUGCAAUGUUAGAUUUUGGCUACUUGUGGGUAAGCAGAAGUGAUCUGUGCAACUUAUGAUUCAGACCUGAGAAAUACAAAAUUAUUUGCCUUAAAUGCUCUGCUUCUCCCUUUUAAGGGACUGAAAAAUCAGUGCUCACUAGUAGCCAUCCAUAUGGCUAAGGAUGACUGAAACAGUUGCCAUGGAGCAAUUCUGGUAGACCCAAAGAUAAAAUCACUGUGAAGUCACGUGUUCAGAAUGACAGAACAGAGCCCACCUGCCUAGCUUGUCCUGUUAGGAGAGAAAUACACUUCAUUUUUAUCCAAGUCACUCUUAGGGAUAUCUUAUCAACAUCACCUAUUAUUGAUGAUAUAAUCUUGUAUUUUAUUGGUAUGGUCUUCAUACUUUUAUCAGAUCUGUCUAAUGUUUAAAUCAUUGGUUAAGUUUUAAAUUGUAACAUGUUUUUUCUUCUAAAUGUUUUACAUGUUUUUUCCUUCCAAGUGUGCUUCAUCAUUUUUAAUUGUUUUUAAUUUUUAAUUAUUUUGGAUUCACAACUACAUUUUUAUGGGGUACAUAUGAUAUUUUGACACAAGCAUACAAUGCGUAGUGAUAUUAGGGUAAUUAGGAUGUCCCUCACCUCAAGUAUCUAUUAUUUCUUUAUGUUUUGGCAAUUUCAUAUUUCACGCUUAUUUUUUUAUCCUUUCAUUUUUAUUUUUUAUUAUUGUUAUUUGAUAGUCUAUUAAUCAUUUCAAAAUCUGAAGUCCCUGGGGAUCAAAACUGGUUCUGUUGAUAGUCAUGAUGGUUUGUGUCUUUACAUAUUCGAUAAUUUGUUAUUUUGAAUUCCUAUAUAUUUUAUCUUAAUUUUGGAAACCUGCAAGUAUAAAUAGGGUGUAAGCCCACCACAGAAAGACAAAUAUUAUUAACAUUUUUACUAAUAUGAAGGAGCAAAGAAUAUGGAUCUCAUAAAACUAGAAAGCAGAUUGGUAGUUACCAGAGGCAGGAGGAGGGAGGAAGGAAGGGAGGUUGAUUGAUAGACACAAAAAUAUAGUUAGAAGAAAUAAGGUAUAGUUUUCAAUAAAUCAGUAAAGUAGCUAGAGUAAAUAAUCUAUUGUGUGUUUCAGAUAGCUAAUACAGAAUAAGUGUUUCAUAAAGAAAUGAUAAAUGUUUAGAAUGAUGGCUAUUUCGAUUAUCCUGAUUUGAUUAUUAAACAUAUGAAUAUAUUAAAAUAUCACAUGUACCCUAAAAGUAUGUAAAUCUUUGAUGUGUCAAUCAAAUAAAAUUAUAUUAAAAC